GUGCCGGGCGCGGCCGGAGGCGGCAUCGGGGCGGGAGGAUGCGGGGCGCCGCCGCCGCCGCCGGCCGCGCGGGGCUCUGGCUGCUGGCGCUGAGCUCGCUGCUGGCGCUGUGGGGCGGGCUGGUGCCGCCGCGGAGCCCGCCGCCCGCCGCCCGGCCGCCCGGAGCCCGACCCCGGCGGCCGCCCGCCCGGCUCGGCGGCCCGGAGCCCGCGCCGCGCUUCGCUCUGCUCCCCGCCCUGGCGCGGGACGCCGGCGGGGGCUCCCUGAAAACUUUCCGGGCGCUGCUCACCUUGGCGGCGGGCGCCGACGGCCCGGCGGGGCGCGGGCGGCACGUGCCGGCGGGGCCGCCCGGCUCGGAGGCUGGCGGCGGCGGCGGUGGCGGCGGCGCGGCGGUGCACGGGGGCGUCUUCUGGAGCCGCGGCCUGGAGGAGCAGGUGCCCCGCGGCUUCUCCGAGGCCCAGGCGGCGUCUUGGCUGCAGGCGGUGCGCGGCGCCCGGGUGGUGGCCCUGGAGCGCGGGGGCUGCGGGCGCAGUUCCAACCGGCUGGCCCGCUUCGCCGACGGCACCCGCGCCUGCGUGCGCUACGGCAUCAACCCGGAGCAGAUCCAGGGCGAGGCCCUGUCCUACUACCUGGCGCGCCUGCUGGGCCUCCAGCGCCACGUGCCGCCGCUGGCGCUGGCCCGGGUGGAAGCCCGCGGCGCGCAGUGGGCGCAGGUGCAGGAGGAGCUGCGGGCGGCGCACUGGACCGAGGGCAGCGCGGUGAGCCUGACGCGCUGGCUGCCCAACCUCACGGACGUGGUGGUGCCCGCGCCCUGGCGCUCCGAGGACGGCCAUCUGCGACCCCUGCGCGCCGCCGGGGGCGAGCUGGCCAACCGCAGCCAGGCGGAGCUGGUGGACCUGGUGCAGUGGACCGAUCUGAUCCUCUUUGACUACCUGACGGCCAACUUCGACCGGCUGGUCAGCAACCUCUUCAGCCUGCAGUGGGACCCGCGCGUAAUGCAGCGCGCCACCAGCAACCUGCACCGUGGCCCCAGCGGGGCGCUGGUCUUUCUCGACAACGAGGCGGGUCUGGUGCACGGCUACCGGGUGGCCGGCAUGUGGGACAAGUACAACGAGCCGCUGCUGCAGUCGGUGUGCGUGUUCCGCGAGCGGACAGCGCGGCGCGUCCUGGAACUGCACCGCGGCCAGGACGCGGCCGCUCGGCUGCGGUGCCUCUACGAGCACCACGAGCCGCGCUUCCCCGAGCUGGCCGCGCUGGCCGACCCCCACGCCCAGCUCCUGCAGCGCCGCCUCGACUUCCUCGCCAAGCACAUAUUGCACUGUAAGGCCAAGUACGGCCGCCGCUCCGGGACUUAGCCUCCCCGGGAGGGAGAGAGUGAGUACGGGGUGGAGGGGGUGCGGUGCCCCGGGCUAGGGGACCACACGGUUGGAGAAGGGCGGUCGCCACGGGCCAGCGCCGGGGACCAACCGGCCAACGCCCAGCCCGUGUGGCCCAGAGAUGGAAGGCGGCUGAAACUUCGGUUUCGCCCACCUGCCCCUUCUCCUGUGCUGGCAGCUUUCGGAGACCAGGGAGGACCAAGUGCCCAAGGCGGAAGUGUAACAUUCCAUCCACCCAGUCUAUGAAAGGAUGCUGCCGGCUGCCGGCACGGAGUUUGGAUCGAAGAAACUGGAGGACAGAGUUUGCCAUCCCUCCGCUUCCUCCCCCACCCCCCAGGUGGCCUUCUCAGUGGCAGAUGCAUGCCCAUUCCUUGGCGCCCUCCGACCCUUUCCGAAAAACUUCUACUGGAGCCGUCAGUUCCUGCUGCAAUUUCCUACCCAACGCAGCACCGGUGGCCCCGGAGCAGGGCUGUGACAUUAGCUGGUGGAACCCUCUUCCUGUGUUCUCCCUUUGUUCCAGCUCCGCGAUGGUGAGAUCACUGUUAAGAGCUGGGGGGUGGCUCCCGAUGUGACAAAGAGAAUGGGACCUCUGCGACCCGGGAGCCCGCAGACCUUGACAAUUUGUCUGACUCGUUUCCUCCCGUUCGCCAGUAGCCGAAAGGUAUCCAAGGCAAAGGGGUGGGGGGCGGGGGAGAGCUCUGUGCACUGAAUCAAAGGAUGAAUUUCUUCCCCACACCCCUUCAGACCGACCAAAAUUUUGACAAUGAUGAUGUGCACCAGAAGGAAAAAAAAAUUAAGUUUCAUGCACUUUACUUUGUUUUUAUUUUAAUUUUGUAUUAAGAAAAACUUUUUUAUUUGACAAAAUUCUCCUUUUAUGUAUAUAUGUGAAUAAAGUGUGGUGUAAAUAUACUAAACAAACUUAUAUUUCAAUAAAAGUUUAAAAUUUAGAAUUAACUCCUGUGAUUUUCACUGAGGUGUCCAAUGCCCUACCUGCUUUGAAAAUAAGCCCUAGGAUUUCUUUCUUGCAGGUGUGCAUUUUUAAACAAAGGACACACACACAUACAUAAUAUAUCUUCCAGCUCUGACUAUGGACUUUCAGAAUUUAAACAAAGACCAGAAAAACGAUUCCCUAUUCUGCUCACUGCUGGAAAUUUCUGAGGUCAGCAUUAAAUGUGGGGGAAGGUGGAAAGAGGGAAGAGAAGUAUUUCCUGGCAAAUAUAACUUUGAUAUAAAAGAAUUUCACUUAUAUAUUCCUAUAUUAAUCAUUUGGCAACUCUGAAAGAACCAGAUGUUCAGAUGACAAAUGCCCCCACCUCUUUAAACUUACUACAGUGGUCACGUGUUACACAUUAUUUUCCUGUUGUUGUAAUUACAACAUCAGGAUGUGCAGAUAAUAAGAUCAGCACAUAUUGCAAACAGGUAGAGAAAGUCAUAAAUUAAUUCUUCCCUUUAAUCUCCUGGCAUAAAUUCCACCGCAUCCAGGAACUACAACAUCUGGAGUCAUCCAGCAAUUCUCUCCAGGUUUUACUGGUUUUUGAUCUUUGUUGUUGUUUGUUUGCCUAUCUCAGUACUAAUUGCAUGGUCACCUCACCAGUUAUUGUGAGACCAAGAAGAUGUGCACUUCUUUUACCUAUGACAUUUGGCCCUCUGCUUCUUGGGGACUUCCAAGGUAGAAAAUGUUUAUGGAUUUCCUUAGACUUCUUCUUGACCAUUGGGGCAAGGGAAGGGAAUUGAUUUACAUUUAUUUUACAUCUGUUGAUGUUUUUUCUUGGCAUUUCAUUUACUUCCUAGGUCCAAGUACCUUGUCUAUUGUUUUAUUUUUUAUUUAAUAACCUUUAACUCUAAGCAACUUUGUGUUACUUUAAUUGCCUUUUAUUGACUUUUGUUAGUAAACCUAGGGUUUUAUAAACUCAUGAAGAUAUUAAAUCUCUGUGGGUUCCCUUUCCACUGCUUUAUAGCACAGUGUGUAAUUUAACUAUUUAAUGCCAUGUGUAUAUGUCUUCAGUGCCUUGUGAUAAACUAAAUUUUAUCUCAAUUGAAAAAAAAUGUAGAGUUCAUGAAUGAUUUGUGGUGUAAGCCAAAGUUUUUCAGAGUAUAACCCUGGAAUGUACUGAUAAUGGCAAAUAUACCUCUUUUUUUUCCCGAGA